ACGAAGCUGAAGUAUUUGAUCCUAUGACUCAAGUAUAUCGCGAUUGUCUCUUUGGUAAUGAAGUAUUCUAUGCUAAGAAUGUAGGCUUUCGAUCAAAGGACCAUGUAAUAUCUUUGGUAGAAACAGAAAAAAAGGCUAUAUGUCCUAUUAACGAUAAGAGAUGG